UGCACGCUCUGACGUCCAGUGUUUGACACAACCUCGUCGGCUUGACUGAGCGAGCGGAGCGUGUGCAGCUGUAAUGGCUGCCAGAGGGAGUGAGGAAGACCACCAAUGAACCCCCGAGAAGCGACUCUACGCAGCUUGAUGAAUACAAAGCUUCAGUUACCUCCCACACAAUCCAACAGUAGAGCGAGGAUGGAAGGAUGGUAAGCAGCCAGCCCAAGUACGACCUAAUCCAGGAGGUGGGGCGCGGCAGUUACGGUGUGGUCUAUGAGGCAGUAGUGAAGCGCUCGGGGGCCCGGGUGGCGGUGAAGAAGAUCCGCUGCCACUCUCCAGAGAAUGUGGAACUGGCCCUGAGGGAGUUCUGGGCGUUGAGCAGCAUUCAGAGCCAGCACCCAAACGUCAUCCACCUGGAGGAGUGUAUCCUGCAGCGGGACCAGCUGGCCCAGAGGAUGAACCACGGCUCCAGCUCGCCGCUCUACCUUGAGCUGGUGGAGACAUCUCUGAAGGGGGAGAUCACCUUUGACCCAUGCUGUGCCUACUACCUGUGGUUCGUCAUGGACUUCUGCGAUGGAGGGGACAUGAACGCCUACCUGCUGUCCCGUAAGCCCAGCCGCAAGACCAACACCAGCUUUAUGCUGCAGCUGGGCAGCGCUUUGGCCUUCCUGCACCGCAACCAGAUCAUACACCGUGACCUCAAACCAGACAACAUCCUCAUCUCGCAGGCGUGCACACCCACCGGCUCCUCUGAGCCCACCCUCAAAGUGGCAGACUUCGGCCUCAGCAAAGUCUGCUCCGCCUCAGGGCUCAACCCUGAGGAGCCGGCCAGCGUCAACAAAUGCUUCCUGUCCACGGCGUGCGGGACGGACUUCUACAUGGCCCCGGAGGUCUGGGAAGGCCACUACACAGCCAAGGCUGACAUCUUUGCUCUAGGAGUGAUCUUCUGGGCCAUGGUAGAGCGCAUCACGUUUGUGGACGUGGAGACCCAGAAGGAGCUGCUGGGAAGCUACGUGCAGCAGGGCUCGGAGAUCGUACCGCUGGGCGAGGCCCUGCUGGAGAACCCAAAGAUGGAGCUGCUGAUCCCGGCCAGGAAGAAAAGCAUGAAUAGCCACAUGAAGCAGUUGAUCCGGGAGAUGCUAUCAGCCAACCCCCAGGAGCGUCCCGACGCCUUUGAACUGGAGCUCAGACUGGUCCGGAUUGCCUGCAGAGAGCUGGACUGGGACACGUGAUAAACAUGUGUAUGUGUGUGUGGCGUUGUGAACUCCUCCCAUCGAGCACAUGUACUCAUCUUUUCAUUUGCUCUUAACCCAUCCUUCUUUCCAUAAAAAUAAAUGACUGUAACGAGGGAGUGAUGAGAAUACACAUGGGUUGCAGCUUGGUCAGACCUUCAGUCUGUGUCCAAGGGCAUCCAGUCUUCUACUAGCUGUGUCUUUAUAUUGAAAGAGAGAGGUGCGACACCCACAGCUGCUGCUGCUGCUCCAGAACGCAGCGUCGUCUCAGGCCAUCCAGAACACCACAGCCACUGCUUCCUCUCACACACCACUGGAACACAAUCACCCAGAAAGUCAGAAGAGAACGGCCAAGACUUCACAACUUGUCUUCAAAUACCACCAUGACCCCGGUGCUAAUUACUACAAAAUGCAAUAUGA